GCCCAGCUCGCCGAAACCUGCCCGGCCGUCUACGACCAGUGCGCACGCGCAGCGCGACGUCACGUGCGCUCCCAGGGCUCAGAGGAGCUGGCAGGAGGGGCCUUGCCAGCUUCCGCCUCCGCGUCGCUUCGGAGGUCGAACGGCGGGUUCGCGGUGCCUCCGCCGCCGCCGCCGCCGCGGGGCAGCCGGGGUCGCGAGGCCGAGCGAGGGGCGCGCAGCGGCGCGGCCAUGGGACUGCGCCGAGCCCGGUGACAGCAGGGAUCCGAGCGGCCCGGGCCCUGAGCGCGUCUCCUCCGGGGGGCCUCGCCCUCCUGCUCGCGGGGCCGGGGCUCCUGCUGCCGUUGCUGGCGCUGCUGCUGGCGGCGGCGGCGGCCAGGAUCAUGUCGGGCCGCCGCUGCGCUGGCGGGGGCGCGGCCUGCGCGGGCGCGGCGGCCGAGGCCGUGGAACCGGCCGCCCGGGAGCUGUUCGAGGCGUGCCGCAACGGGGACGUGGAGCGAGUCAAGAGGCUGGUGACGCCAGAGAAGGUGAACAGCCGCGACACGGCGGGGAGGAAGUCCACCCCGCUCCACUUCGCCGCAGGUUUUGGACGGAAAGAUGUAGUUGAAUAUUUGCUUCAGAAUGGUGCAAAUGUCCAAGCACGUGAUGAUGGGGGGCUUAUUCCUCUUCAUAACGCAUGCUCUUUUGGUCAUGCUGAAGUAGUCAAUCUCCUAUUGCGACAUGGUGCAGACCCAAAUGCUCGUGAUAAUUGGAAUUAUACUCCUCUCCAUGAAGCUGCAAUUAAAGGAAAGAUUGAUGUUUGCAUUGUGCUCUUACAGCAUGGAGCUGAGCCAACCAUUCGAAAUACAGAUGGAAGGACAGCAUUGGAUUUAGCAGACCCGUCUGCCAAAGCAGUGCUGACUGGUGAAUAUAAGAAAGAUGAACUCUUGGAGAGUGCCAGGAGUGGCAAUGAGGAAAAAAUGAUGGCUCUGCUUACACCAUUAAAUGUCAACUGCCAUGCAAGUGAUGGCAGAAAGUCAACUCCAUUGCAUUUGGCAGCGGGUUACAACAGAGUAAAGAUUGUACAGCUGUUGUUGCAACAUGGAGCUGAUGUUCAUGCUAAAGAUAAAGGUGACCUGGUGCCCCUGCACAAUGCCUGUUCCUAUGGUCAUUAUGAAGUAACUGAACUUCUGGUCAAGCAUGGUGCCUGCGUAAAUGCAAUGGACUUGUGGCAGUUCACUCCUCUUCAUGAGGCAGCUUCCAAGAACAGAGUUGAAGUGUGUUCUCUUCUCCUAAGUUACGGCGCAGAUCCAACACUGCUGAAUUGUCACAAUAAAAGUGCUAUAGACUUGGCUCCCACGCCACAGUUAAAAGAAAGAUUAGCAUAUGAAUUUAAAGGUCACUCGUUGCUUCAAGCUGCACGGGAAGCUGAUGUUACACGAAUCAAAAAACAUCUCUCUCUGGAAAUGGUGAAUUUUAAGCAUCCUCAAACACAUGAAACAGCAUUGCAUUGUGCUGCCGCAUCUCCAUAUCCCAAAAGAAAGCAAAUAUGUGAACUGUUGCUAAGAAAAGGAGCAAACAUCAAUGAAAAGACUAAAGAAUUCUUGACUCCUCUACACGUUGCAUCUGAGAAAGCUCAUAACGAUGUUGUCGAAGUAGUGGUGAAACAUGAAGCAAAGGUUAAUGCUCUGGAUAAUCUCGGUCAGACUUCUCUGCACAGAGCUGCGCAUUGUGGUCAUCUACAAACCUGUCGCCUGCUCCUAAGCUAUGGGUGUGAUCCUAACAUUAUAUCCCUUCAGGGCUUUACUGCCUUACAGAUGGGAAAUGAAAACGUGCAGCAACUUCUUCAAGAGGGUAUCCCAUUAGGUAAUUCAGAGGCAGACAGACAAUUGCUGGAGGCUGCAAAGGCUGGAGAUGUAGAAACUGUAAAAAAAUUGUGUACUGUUCAGAGUGUCAACUGCAGAGACAUUGAAGGGCGUCAGUCUACGCCACUCCAUUUUGCAGCUGGCUAUAAUCGGGUGUCUGUGGUGGAAUAUCUGCUGCAACACGGAGCUGAUGUGCACGCUAAAGAUAAAGGAGGCCUUGUACCUUUGCACAAUGCAUGUUCUUAUGGACAUUAUGAAGUUGCAGAACUUCUUGUUAAGCAUGGAGCAGUAGUUAAUGUAGCAGACUUAUGGAAAUUUACACCUUUACAUGAAGCUGCAGCAAAAGGAAAAUAUGAAAUUUGCAAACUUCUGCUCCAGCAUGGUGCAGACCCUACAAAGAAAAAUAGAGAUGGAAAUACUCCCUUGGAUCUUGUUAAAGAUGGAGAUACAGAUAUUCAAGAUCUACUUAGGGGAGAUGCAGCUUUGUUGGAUGCUGCCAAGAAGGGUUGUUUAGCCAGAGUAAAGAAGUUGUCUUCACCAGAUAAUGUGAAUUGCCGUGAUACCCAAGGCCGACAUUCAACACCUUUACAUUUAGCAGCUGGUUAUAAUAACUUAGAAGUUGCAGAGUAUCUGCUACAACAUGGAGCUGAUGUGAAUGCUCAAGACAAAGGAGGACUUAUUCCUUUACACAAUGCAGCAUCUUAUGGGCAUGUAGAUGUAGCAGCUUUACUAAUAAAGUAUAAUGCGUGUGUCAAUGCUACGGACAAAUGGGCUUUCACACCUUUGCACGAAGCAGCCCAAAAGGGACGAACACAGCUUUGUGCUUUAUUGUUGGCCCAUGGAGCUGAUCCAACUCUUAAAAAUCAGGAAGGACAAACACCUUUAGAUUUAGUUUCAGCAGAUGAUGUCAGUGCUCUCCUGACAGCAGCCAUGCCCCCUUCUGCUCUGCCUUCAUGUUAUAAAUCUCAAGUGCUCAAUGGCGUGAGAAGCCCAGGAGCCACUGCAGAUGCUCUGUCUUCAGGUCCAUCCAGCCCAUCAAGCCUUUCUGCAGCCAGCAGUCUUGACAACUUAUCCGGCAGUUUUUCUGAACUGUCUUCAGUAGUUAGUUCAAGUGGAACAGAGGGUGCUUCCAGUUUGGAGAAAAAGGAAGUUCCAGGAGUAGAUUUUAGCAUAACUCAGUUUGUAAGGAAUCUUGGACUUGAACACCUAAUGGAUAUAUUUGAGAGAGAACAGAUCACUUUGGAUGUAUUAGUUGAGAUGGGGCACAAGGAGCUGAAGGAGAUUGGAAUCAAUGCUUAUGGACAUAGACACAAACUAAUUAAAGGAGUUGAGAGACUUAUCUCUGGGCAACAAGGUCUUAACCCAUACUUAACUCUGAACACCUCUGGAAGUGGAACAAUUCUCAUAGAUCUGUCUCCUGAUGAUAAAGAGUUUCAGUCUGUGGAGGAAGAGAUGCAGAGUACAGUCCGAGAGCACAGAGAUGGAGGUCAUGCAGGUGGAAUCUUCAACAGAUACAAUAUUCUCAAGAUUCAGAAAGUUUGUAACAAGAAACUAUGGGAAAGAUAUACUCACAGGAGGAAAGAAGUUUCUGAAGAAAACCACAACCAUGCAAAUGAAAGAAUGCUAUUUCAUGGGUCUCCCUUUGUGAAUGCAAUUAUUCAUAAAGGCUUUGACGAAAGGCAUGCCUACAUAGGUGGCAUGUUUGGAGCUGGGAUCUAUUUUGCUGAAAACUCUUCCAAAAGCAAUCAGUAUGUGUAUGGAAUCGGAGGAGGUACUGGGUGUCCAGUACACAAAGACAGAUCUUGUUACAUUUGCCACAGGCAGCUGCUCUUUUGCCGGGUAACCUUGGGAAAGUCUUUCCUGCAGUUCAGUGCAAUGAAAAUGGCACAUUCUCCUCCAGGACAUCACUCAGUCACUGGUCGACCCAGUGUAAAUGGACUAGCAUUAGCUGAAUAUGUAAUUUACAGAGGAGAACAGGCUUAUCCUGAAUAUUUAAUUACUUACCAGAUUGUAAGGCCUGAAGGUAUGGUUGAUGGAUAAAUAGUUGUUUUAGGAAACUAGCAACACUGAACCUAAAAUCAUCUAAGCAGCUGGUGGCCUCGUAAGUUUUACUCCUUUGCUGAGAAAAAUCAUCUUGUCCACAAGCCUGUGGCAAAAGGUUAAAAAUGUGAAAGGAUUUUAACAUUCUGACUUGAUAAAGCUUUAAUAAUGUACAGUGUUUUCUAAAUAUUUCCUGUUUUUCAGCACUUUAACAGAUGCCAUUCCAGGUUAAACUGGGUUUGUCUGUACUAAAUUAUAAACAGAGUUAACUUGAAUCUUUUAUACGUUAUACAUUGAUUCUAACAGAAACUGUAAUUCCCCUCAACAGAACUCAUUUUACUAAUAUAGUACUGUGUUCUUUAAAACACAGCAUUUACACUGAAUACAGUUUCAUUUGUAAAACUGUAAAUAAGAGCUUUUGUACUAGCCCCAUAUUUAUUUACAUUGCUUUGUAAUAUAAAUCUACUGUUUUAGAACUGCAGCGGUUUACAGAUUUUUUUCAUAUGUACUGCUCAUCUGUACUUCAUCUUGCAUCAUCAUGAUUGAAUGAUCUUUUACCUUUGAUUCCAGAGGCUAUGUUGAGUCGUUAGCAGAGACCUUGUCACUUGGGAAGGAUUGAUUCAUCAGAUUUAAUUUGCUGAUGGAAGCAUUUAUGUCUCAUUAGAAGUCUUUCCCAUUUAAGAGCUUGUUUCAUAAAUACUCUGGGAGUUUAAUUUGUGAUAACUUUGUAUGUAUAACACACAUUCCAAAGAGCUCUAACUAUGAUGGUCCUGAUUAUUAAAGACGCUUCUUUACUAGCCUCAAACUCUGGCUUUCACAUUGGAAAAUUUUCUCAUGUCAUUUUGUGAAAAUUAGAGCAAGAGCUUCUAUUUUUUAGAGAGGCUAAAUCCUGCCACUGAACAAUUAUAGUGUUCUUUUCAUGGAAUGUAAAUAGGAAGUUGAAUUUUCAGAUGUGGGAAGGGUAAUCCUGAAAUUUUUCCAGCCUGUUCUAAUUAGCUUAAAUCUAAAGGGAAAAAAAUAGCAGAUGGGAGUGGGUAGUUUUUUCUCCGAAGUUAUUUUUCUCCUGUUCUUUUUCUUUGGCCUUACUGUUUUACUUAUAGCCAGUCUGUACACCAUAGGUAAGCUCAACCCAAAACCAUGAAAUGUAGGUGUCCCAGUUCUCUCCUGGCCUCCUGAAUAGGCAGGUGCAGUGAAAUGGGUGCUUCCGCUCCUGGGUUGCCUCAUCAUGACGUGGUACACCCACUUGGAAAUAACGCUUUGUUUAUGCACCACCUGGUGACCAGGCUCGUUGGGCAGCUGUGCAGGGGAAUGCUAUCCCAUAAAAUGCCAUUCCUAUUUUUUAACAUAAAACUAUCUUUUCCAUGAAAUAUGCUAAAGCAUCUUGGUACAGAGACAUGAGUUACAGCUUGGCAGUCUGUUUGUUGACUGUAGUUCUCUCAGAAGUCAAGGCAAGAUUGUUACCCAUUAAAUCUUUGUUAAUGAGGCUGUUCCCCUUCACUCUCUGUACCAGUUCACAUUUGUUUUACAUUUUAUUCGGUCUCUAAAUUAACUGGGCUUUUGCAGUAACUUGUACAUAAAGUGCUAGAAAAUCAUGUUUCUUGUCUUGAGUAAGAGUUAAUCACAGUAAAUGUAUUGCAUAUCUGGAGUUGUGUUUCUAUGAUGUAAAUUGUGAUCAUUUAAGAGGUCAAUUCCUGACCAUGAAGUGCUUUAUACAGCUCUCUAAUAAUGGCAGAUAUCCUAACGUCAUUCUUGGAACACAAAUGGAGUAUGCCAAAUUUUAUGUAAUUUUUCAGGUUCUGGAAGCUAGGUUUUAUAAUUAGAAGAUAAUGAGAUGAGUUAAUGGAGUUUAUAUUUACAUACCUUAUCUCUCAACAUUUAGCCCAUAUUGCUCACCCUAUGAGUGACUCUGGAAUUGCUUAUCAUGUAAAAUCAUCAUGGUCUAUGAGUUUACGAUAUUGCAGCCUGUGUUGUUUCAUCUAAUCCAUUGCUUAAUUAGUGUGUUGCUUUUCUAUGAAUGAUUAUAUUGUGGUUAAUAUGUUAGCAUGGCAAUAUUUCAGAUAGCUUUUUGUUAGGAGCUUGGGGGGUGGUUGGGGGUGACUGGGGAUUUCUUUGAAGUUUUUGCAUGGAAUACCUUACUUUAUUGAUGAUGGAAUUGCUUUUUCUUUUGUCUUGUGAUUUUUUUUUAAGAGAUUUAAAUUUUUGUGUGAGUAGUACUAUUAUAUCCAUCUUGAGUGUCUUACUUGUAUCACAUUCCAUACCCUCAUUUAAUUCUUAAUAAACUGUUCACUUGUU